CCGCCCGCCCGGGCCGAGCCCAGCAGGACAGUGCAGGAGCCCAGCCGCUGAGCCAUGCCGGGCCCCGGGCGGCCUGCAGCGAGCCCAACCCCUGCACCCAGGUAGUCAUGAACAGCCACAGCUACAAUGGCAGCGUGGGGCGGCCGCUGGGCAGCGGGCCAGGCGCCCUGGGACGAGACCCUCCGGACCCCGAGGUCGGCCGCCCCCCGCAGCCCCCGCACAGCCCGGGCCUCCAGGUGAUAGUGGCCAAGAGUGAGCCAGCCCGGCCCUCACCCGGCAGCCCCCGGGGACAGCCCCAGGACCAGGACGAUGACGAGGAUGAUGAGGAAGAUGAGGCCGGCAGGCAGAGGGGCACGGGGAAACCCUCAAAUGUGGGCCACCGCCUGGGCCACCGGCGGGCACUCUUCGAGAAGCGGAAGCGCCUCAGCGACUAUGCUCUCAUUUUUGGCAUGUUUGGCAUCGUCGUCAUGGUGACGGAGACCGAGCUGUCCUGGGGGGUGUACACCAAGGAGUCUCUGUACUCAUUCGCACUCAAAUGCCUCAUCAGCCUCUCCACGGCGAUCCUGCUAGGUCUCGUUGUCCUCUACCAUGCCAGGGAGAUCCAGUUGUUCAUGGUGGACAACGGGGCUGAUGACUGGCGCAUCGCCAUGACCUGCGAGCGCGUGUUCCUCAUCUCACUGGAGCUGGCGGUGUGCGCCAUUCACCCGGUGCCCGGCCACUACCGCUUCACGUGGACGGCGCGGCUGGCCUUCACGUACGCGCCCUCGGUGGCCGAGGCUGACGUGGAUGUGCUGCUGUCCAUCCCCAUGUUCCUGCGCCUCUACCUGCUGGGCCGGGUGAUGCUACUGCACAGCAAAAUCUUCACGGACGCCUCGAGCCGCAGCAUCGGGGCCCUCAACAAGAUCACCUUCAACACGCGCUUUGUCAUGAAGACGCUCAUGACCAUCUGCCCCGGCACGGUGCUGCUGGUCUUCAGCAUCUCCUCCUGGAUCAUCGCAGCCUGGACAGUCCGCGUCUGCGAGAGGUACCACGACAAGCAGGAAGUGACCAGCAACUUCCUGGGGGCCAUGUGGCUGAUUUCCAUCACCUUCCUCUCCAUCGGCUACGGCGACAUGGUGCCCCACACUUACUGCGGGAAGGGCGUGUGCCUGCUCACUGGCAUCAUGGUAAAAAACGCCGCUGCUAACGUUCUCAGGGAGACGUGGCUCAUCUACAAACACACCAGGCUGGUGAAGAAGCCAGACCAAGCCCGGGUUCGGAAACACCAGCGUAAGUUCCUCCAAGCCAUCCAUCAGGCUCAGAAGCUCCGGAGUGUGAAGAUCGAGCAAGGGAAGCUGAACGACCAGGCUAACACGCUUACCGACCUGGCCAAGACCCAGAGCGUCAUGUAUGACCUUGUAUCGGAGUUGCACGCUCAGCACGAGGAGCUGGAGGCCCGUCUGGCCACGCUGGAAAGCCGCCUGGAUGCGCUGGGUGCCUCUCUGCAGGCCCUGCCCGGCCUCAUCGCCCAAGCCAUACGCCCGCCCCCACCGCCCCUGCCUCCCCGGCCCGGCCCCGGCCCCCAAGACCAGGCAGCCCGGAGCUCCCCCUGCCGGUGGACGCCCGUGGCCCCCUCGGACUGCGGGUGACGGCCCUGCCCGCCACCAGACCCCUAAAUCUUGGCCAUCGUGUGGCCGCCACCUCCGGGAAGCCUUGUACAGUGGCACCUCUUGGAGUUCAAGAAGCCGACGCUGAGUCAGGCUGAGUGGACUGAGGCCUGCCCCGCCCAGACUGCCCGGGCAGAGGGCAGGGCUGGACCAUGGGUGAGGGCAGGGGAGCCCGGAGCUUCCUCUGGUCACCUGGUCCCCCGACUCUCCCCAGGCCCCCGGCGGGCAUGGAGCAGCCCCGGGAGGGGUCCGUGCUGGUUCUGAAUAAAGCAGGACCCGCCUAGUGGCUGCCUGUGUGCGUGGCUGGGAGGCACUGGUGAUGUCCCAGGAGGUAGAACCCCAGCCCCGGGUACCAAGAUAAAUAUGGGAAUCAAAAAACCUGUUCCCAUCACCGGCCUAGCCUAGAACCUUAGCCUAGAAGCCCCCUCUCCCUCUGGGCUGAAGCUCAGUGAAGGACAACUCUCUAGGGACACCUGUGCCAGCCCCACCUGGUGCUGAUAAUGGGAUCCCUCAGAGGGCGUGGCCCAGCCCUGGCCAGAAGCAUCUCUCUCCUUCAACCAACCGCGCUGAUGGACACCCACUGUGUGCCCGGCCUCAGCAGAGCCCAUGGGGGAGGUGACCUGGGUGAGGAAGGUCUUUUGGGUUUUUGUGAGAUUUGUAUUGAGUACCUGCUGCCUACAGAGAAUGUGAUGAUGUCAAUUACCACACUGAUUCCUCAUCAGAGCUUGAUCACGGUGGAAUGAGGGGAAACUGAGGCCCAGAGAGGUAAAUCUACCUGCUUGGGACCACACAGCGAGGAGGGAUGGUGCCAGAUUCGAACUGGAAAUCCCCUAGGCCAAAGUAAAGAACCGGACUGGCUGGGC